AUGGCAGCCAACAGUCUUUCCAUUUCACUACCACCACAAUUUGCAGGAGAGAACUACCAAAUCUGGAGUGCUAAAAUGGCAGCCUAUUUAAAGGCAUAUGAUUUGUGGGAAGUGGUCGAGAUAGGUAGGGAUCCACCACCAUUGCCAGACAAUCCAACCAUAGCUCAAGUGAAACAUCAUAGUGAGCAAGUGGCUAAGAAAUUUAAGGCUCUGUCAUGCAUUCAUCAAGCAGUCUCAGAGAGCAUUUUCACAAGAAUUAUGGCUUGUGAAACAGCUAACGAAGCCUGGGACAGAUUGAAAAAGAAGUUCCAAGGAACUAAAAAGAAUAGGCAGAUGCAGCUGCUAAACUUGAGAAGAGAGUUUGAAACUCUCAAAAUGAAGAAUUCUGAAUCUGUAAAGGAAUACAUGAAUAGAGUAGUGAAGGUAGUGAAUCAGAUUAGGCUGCUUGGAGAUGAGUUUCCUGAAUCAAGGAUAGUUGAGAAGGAUUCCAAAGACCUUUCAAAACUCACUCUCUCAGAGUUAGCUAAUGCUUUUCAAGGAGUUGAACAAAGAAGAGCUCUAAGGCAAGAAGAGGCUUCUGAAGGUGCAUUUAGGGUGGCUCAUAAAGAAGGAAUGCGGUCCAAUAAAUGGGAGAGGAAGCAAGCCAGUGAUAGAAAAGAGAAAGAGAAGAAAGAAUCAGAAGGAAGCAAGGGAAAAGGAAGAAGAAAAUAUCCUCCAUGCUCACAUUGUAAGGGAACUAGUCAUGCUGAGAGAUAUUGCUGGUACAGACCAGGAAUUCAGUGUAGAUCUUGCAAACAAUUUGGUUAUAUGGAAAAAGUUUACAAGAACAAAACUCAGUAG